AUGUCUUACUCAGCCCCAUUCCAGCCAAACCCCGACUACGAUGUCGAUGCCGCGCUCCUGGACAUCCUCGUUCAUACCCACCACCCCGCUGUCUCGUCUGGCCCAGCAGCAGAUGUGCUCGCGCGCAUCGAGAAGCAGUACCAGGACUGCGUCAGGGUCCUGGAGGAGCGCAAUGCCGUCCUGGCGAAAGAGGGAGAGGCUGCGGCCGCCAAGAUCGAGCGCCUGGAGACGGAAGUCUGCGCGUUGGAGGGGGAUGUGGAGACGCAGCUGGCGGUCCUUCAGGAUAGGGCGGAGUGCGUCUUCGUUCAGACGUAUAUCGUGCCAGACAAGGUUGUGGUUCUUCGCGUUGGGGAGGAGAAGUGGAGUGGAAUCUUCAAGGAGGCUUGA